UAUGAGACACGAGGAAGCGAGCUGAUGGCGUCGAGUUCCGACCAAGCUUCUUCGAGGGGUUGAAACUGGUUCCAUAAAGAUUGACACAGAACUAGGCACGGGAAAGGAAGGAAAGGCAGGCAGGGGCGGGGCGGCGCAGGAAACCAAGGGACUCUCAAUUCGGCGGGGAGAGAAAACCACAGCGAUCACUCAAGCCACAUCCCAAUUGGUGACUCGCUGAUGUCGCUCGCUCCUGUCACAAAAACAUGAACUCUCAUCGUCGCAUCACAUUACAUCGUAUCGCCACCCACUCCUCCAUCUCUACUACUACAACAACUUGGGGGUGUCGGAGGCGCUUGUGAUGUCGUCGAGGAGGAUGUAGGUAAACGCAGAAGAUAGACGCUCGGACGAUUCGACUUCGGCCUCAGGCCAAGCUCCAGUUCUUGGAUCUGUCGAGGCUCCUGCUGCGGAUUGUGUCGGGCGGGCAGACCUGCUGGGGUCGGUUCCUGUUGGGUCCUUCCGUGCUCCGGCGCAUGCGAGUCUGGAAAUAAGCUGAAGAUGGAUCUUGUCAGUUCGUCGUAGUCGGGUCGUGAAUUCUCCGGUGUCGGAGCAGAGGGUGAAUAGCAGAGAGUAGGACGGAACGCAGUUGCUUUUGUGGUUGAUGCGAGGACCGCGAAGCUCCGGAGAGGAGAGGACGGGAUGCGAUACGUCUACAUUGUGGACCUGCUUCUACCGUGAGAGCGUUUAUAAUACUAACACCUGACCGCUUGAAGUAGAAAACAUUGACAGCUGUACGAUUUAGUGAGCAGUUGAGGCGCAGUCCGAAUGUUCGACAGGAUUGGAUGUGUUAGAUGGGAAGAUUGAAUUUCAGGCUUUGCCAUGAUCGAUUUAAGACUUCUACAGCUUGUAGUGUACAAGAAGAAAAAGCGCAGGAGCAAACGUACGAGUAAUUGGAGACAUUCAUUGGACCUGCAUGUAGGAAUUGCAGGUCGAGGAGAGAAAGGGGCCGGGAGUGUGGAGUUUAGGAGUCUAGACAGUUCGACCAAGGACAGAGCAGACGACAUGCAAAGAGUGAUGUCGAUUUCAGAGAUAGCUCAAAGAAAGAACAAAACGCAGGAUAGGAUGCAGGACGACGACGACGACGAUUAUGAGGAAAAGGAAUACACGCAGAUGCCGAGCAUGCCGUCUCUUCCAUCCUCUGGCCUAUUCACUCUUUUGCUAUCAUUGUCUGCUGGACUUGGUGGUUUCCUUUUCGGAUAUGACACAGGCGUAAUAUCGGGUGCUUUGCUCUACAUCAAAGACGAUUUCGAGUCGGUUAAUCGCAGCACAUUUUUGCAGGAAACCAUUGUCAGCACAGCGAUUUUAGGGGCUGCAGUGGGAGCAGCCUGUGGAGGACGAUUGAAUGACAUGUUAGGAAGAAGAAGUACUAUAUUGAUAUCAGACGCUGUUUUUGUUUUCGGAGCUAUGCUCAUGGCUUUGGCAGCCGAUCCGACUUCUCUUAUUUUUGGUCGACUGGUUGUUGGUUUCGGCAUCGGUAUAGCAUCUAUGACUGCUCCCCUCUACAUAGCUGAAGUUUCACCUCCGGACAAAAGGGGAGCCCUUGUCACCGUGAAUGUGCUCAUGAUCACCACCGGCCAGUUUUUAUCCUACAUAGUGAACUAUGCUUUCACAAAGGUUCCAGGUACCUGGAGGUGGAUGCUAGGAGUUGCCGCAUUACCUGCAAUUUUACAAGCGGCACUGUUCAUCUAUCUCCCAGAGUCACCUCGUUGGCUGGCCGGCCAGAAAAAAUUUGAUGAGGCUAUUACUUUGCUUAGAACCAUCCAUCCACCGGAAGUAGCUAAGGCCGAAAUAGAAGAAGUGCUGGCGGCCAUGGUAGUGCAUCACCAACACAAUCCACCACCGCUGAAGCUGCGUGAAGUCAUGAAAAGUAGAGAGAUGCGUCUUGCCCUCAUUGCGGGAAUCGGAAUGCAGGUUUUUCAACAAUUGGUGGGGAUCAACACUGUGAUGUAUUACAGCACAUCGAUAGUGGAGCAGGCUGGGUUUGCAUCUCAUCAGACAGCCCUGUUGUUGUCAUCAGGGGUAGCAGGCAUGAAUGCCCUCGGUACAGUUGCGGGCAUACUGUUGAUUGACCGGUCGGGAAGAAGAAGACUUGCUCUUACAAGUCUUUUUGGAUGUGUUGCUGCCUUGUGCCUCCUGGCUAUGGCAUUUCAUCUUGCUUCCGUGAAUUCCCCCGGCGUCACCUGGCCCGAAACGAUAACGGAGUCGACCUUCAUGUGCCCAGACUUUCCAGUCGCAGAAAAUCCUCACAUUUCAUCCUGCUUCGACUGCUUACAAGCUGGAUGUGGCUUUUGCGGUGAUGAGAUGCGUCCUGGAACAUGUCUCCUCUUCAGCAGCAAUUCCUCUGAUAUUUGCAGCGUUACCUCCAGAUCUUGGUAUCAAAACGGUUGCCCCAGUAAUUAUGGAUGGCUUGCACUGGCUGGUCUUGUUCUUUAUAUCAUGGCUUUCUCACCAGGAAUGGGACCAGUACCUUGGACUGUCAAUUCAGAAAUCUACCCAUUGGAAUUCAGAGGUUUCUGCGGAGGUGUUGCUGCAACGGCCAACUGGAUAUCGAACUUUAUUGUAGCCCAGACAUUCCUCAGUCUGGUCCAGUAUAUGGGUCAGCCUUUAACAUUCUUGCUAAUCGCCUUCAUUACCGUCUUAGCAAUCAUGUUCGUUGCCAUUGCUGUACCUGAAACGAAAAAUUUAACAUUCAACGAGGUGAAAAGCUUGUGGGAAAGGACUGUUGAUACAGAUGGCCUGUUAGGAAACUGGUAUAGGGGUGGAUGGAUUGACUUUGCUCGUGAGAUCGACGAGAAAGGCAAGAAGGCAAUUCAAGAGCACUGACGCAGCCAACCGCAACGGAGCCCUUUCAACGCCUGCGCGCUCACUAAAAUUCUUAAGAACCUUCAAGUUGGACCAGAUAAGCAUAUGAUGAGCUAAAAAACGAUCAGCUCUGAAUGCUACUAUCGGAAAAACUUGGGUUCCCUCCAAGCCAGAUUUUACACAAUGAAGAAAUCUCACCUGGGAGCUGGUCAAAAAUGGAGUUUUGCCUUCGUGACAAUGCCUGGAGCUGGUGUGACGUAGUGCGAAAAUUUUUUCCAUGUAGAGGCAGUCUCCAGAUUGUGCUUCUCGUGGCAUGUGAAGCCUGUAUAUGUUUGAAAACCAUUGAAAACCAUUGGUAAGUCCACCCGCGACAGGUUGGAUGUAGGAAGGGUGCAGAAGGGGCUAUGUACUCUCUCUGAAGGGGGCUCCUUAGUUACCUAGCCAGUUCUUGCAUCACCAUUAUUUGUGUAUAUACAUUUUGUUGCCAUAAUAAAUACAAAUCAAAUCAUCUGAUUUCACUAACAUUCUUCAAGG